AUGAAUCCUAUCCACAGCACUGGAGGCAGAAAACCCGUGUCCGUUGCCGGGAUCGCCGGCGACAAGACGGCCAAGAAGAUAAGAGUUAAGGCCUUUAAAACCAGCAAGAACGAUCCGCUUCCCCAAGCCCGCAGAUUCAGGUGGAACGUAAACACUUACACCAGGUUGUUGCGCCAGAGUUUGAAGAUAGAGUGCCAGUCCCAUAUUAUGAAAGACAUUUUUCGUAAUAAUGUUGGAAUACACCGGGCCACGAUGAAAUUGGCGGCACCAGUGCUUGGUGAGGCGGCGCUCGCGGCGUUGACGAAAAGGGCGUCGGACGCGAUUCAGGCCAAAAGAAUAUUUUCAAUACACGGAUAUUAUCCAAUAAUAUCAGAGGAGCUCAAGAAGAGAGGGUGGAUAGAAAAAAGAAAUCCAGUAUUCAGAACAAUGAAUUAUGAGUAUUUGCUUACUAUAUUGGGUUCAGCAAACAAUCGUGCAAUGUGUAACGUCAGGUCACCGCCUUCGUUAACUUCAACAAAGGAAUCCUUAAUUAUUGAAAAUAAAGAAAACUCAUAUUUGUGGCCGAUAGUCAAAGACGUUAACGCCAAUUACAUUUUUACUUCAAACGGAUUUGAUGUUGAUUGGAAUAACUUUAAUGACAAGACAAUAUUUAGUCAAUUGAAUAGAUAUAGUUUUUGCUCUAAAAUUGCAUUGGCUGAUACAGUGAAAACGAUAUCAAAAAAUGAUAAUGUAAAAUUUCCAAGGAGCUACUUCAUUACAGACACAAAGUCUAUGGAUUUCUUUAUAAGAGAUUUUAGAUUAACAGCUUUGUUUGGUUCUAUAAAGAUCAUCCUUAGUUCAAAAAAUUCACAAAACUCCAUAUUUAGUCGAAACGGAACUAUUCCAUACGAGAUAAUCGAAUUCAUUGAAUACCGUUGCUGGGAAUUCUUGAACUUUUGUCAAACUAAAGUAGCAAGCGAUUUGAUGUGGUCUACAAUGAUAUCAGAAGGUGGCUGGACAACAUUUUUGGUUUGGUAUCAGAAAAUUGUAGAAGAAAACGCUACUAUUGGUGUUAGUAACAGGUAUCACAUAAGAGAUAUUUAUCAUCGACUUAAUGCUUGGGAACGUAAAAUUAAGACAUUUUGUCCACAAUUUUUCAUCGACGGCGAUACAAAUCUGUGGAUUAUAAAACCAACUAAUUGUUGUUCCGGUGUAGGAAUAAUAUUGGAGAGACGUUUAAAAAAUAUUAUGAAAACUAUUAAAGAUAAUGACAUUUUCAUUAAAUCAUACGUUAUACAGAAAUAUAUAGAAAGGCCAUUGCUUAUAUCUAAAGUCAAAGUGGAUUUGAGACAAUACUUUUUAGUUACAAACACGAUUCCCAUACAAAUAUGGAUGUACAAGGAAGGAUAUGUACGAUUUUGUUCCAAGAAGUUUACAGUUCAUGAUUUAGGAGGAGAUAUUCAUCUCAGCAAUGUCAGAGUUCAAUCAAUGAAUAGAAAAUGUAGAACAGCCGGUGUACCGGAGGAAUGUAUGUGGGACUUUAAGCAAUUUAAAGAAUAUCUGAAAUCAAUUAAGAACGGCGACAAGUGGGAUACAUUAAUAUAUCCUACAAUGUGUGAAACAUUAACGGAUGUCGUCAUGGAGUCUUUUAAUCCGGAAAGCAGGAGAGGGUUUGGUUAUCAAUUGUUUGGUGCAGAUUUCAGUUUAACAGAAAAUUUUGAACCAUGGUUAGUAGAAAUUAAUAAUGCUCCUGGCUUGAAUCCAACUACGAGUAUCAUUGCAAGAAUUGCAACAAUGUUAUUAAGAGAUAUUAUCAAAGUUACGGUGGAUUUCCCACUUAAUUCAAAUGCAGAAACUGGACUUUUCGAGAACAUUUACUCUGGCAAACUUGUGAAACAUUGUAACACGGUGAAAAACAUUACAAAAGAAUAUUAUUACCGCCAGUAGCACAAAAAACAAAACAAUUAAAUAAACAAAGCCACAAAGACACUGAACAGAAUAAAAAGAAAAUUUCGAGAUGAAUACUAUAAUAUGUAGGUAAGAGAUUAUUGAUUUAUUUAAAUGUUAGAAUGUUUUCAAAGGUCAUUUUCGGAAUAUAGAAUUUUGUAAAUACUCAAAAAAAUUAAAGCGGUCAAUUAUGGUCAUGUAUUUUAAC